UGCGCUCACCGUCACCCACGUAGCCCUGUACACGGCAUUCAGGCUCGCAGCUCUCCCCAUCUCUCUCAUCUCUCUUUUGCCUCUACCCGACUUCUAAAAGACUAUGUGGCAGGAGGGGAACAGCGCGUACGGAGCUGGCGCGUCACAGAGCCAGUACUACGGGCAAGCGGGCAUGGCACAACCAGGCGUACCAUUGCAAUUCUACGCGCCGAGCCCCGUGGGCAGUACCUUCUACCCAGGCUCGCGGUCCAGCCUCGACAAUCCAGGUGUGCAGGGGUCUAUUCAACAGCAGCAAGGGAGCGUGCCUCCGGGGUACGGCGGGAACAUCCAGUCCGGAGGGUGGUGGACCGCGUUUGGUACAGGUGGAUUCGAGGGAGAGCCACCACUGCUAGAGGGUAUGUCUCGUGACAGGACUAAACGUACAGCUUGGGACAUUGACCAUCGACAGAGCUUGGUAUCAACUUCUUCCAUAUCCGUGCCAAGUCCUUAACCGUCCUGAAUCCGCUCCGUGGCGUCGACGAGCGAAUAAUGGAUGACGCCGACUUGGCUGGACCUCUACUCUUCAUCAUCUGCUUCGGAGUAUUCCUGCUCUUUGUAAGUACAAGCUGAUAUG